UUUUUGCUGAACAAACUAUUAAUCCAAUAGCUUGGUAUCUUGUUGUUGCAUACAAUUUGAUCCGGAUACCCAGCAAGUAUGGAUGCCGGCGCUGCAAAAUAUCUUCUCAGCAGGUCAAGCACCUCUAACAUGUCUGUAGGAUUGCGGCAUAAACAAUCCAAACUCGAUCUGUUAGACAGUAAGACGUUAACAUCUUUCCCAUUACCAAACAUCAGUGAAGGUAGUGGAAAUUCAAAUAGUUUUGAGGGAGUUAGCAGCCGAACAACUGAUGUUUCUCAGCUUAGUUCUUUUGAUUCUAUUUACGUUCCAAAGAGGUGGAAAUCCAGCAUGGUUUUAGGAGAAUACAAGGCUUUCAAUAAGAAUGACAACAAUGGCGUUAACAUAGACAAAUCUGCAUCGAUUUUGAGAUCAAGAACGACAUCAAGUGUUCAGACAAUGGAUACUGUUAGUAAUAUCAUGAUAAACAGUAACGAGAGAAUGAAACAUUCAUUAACAGACUCAAUGGUGUCUAAAACUCUCGUGGGAUCAUCAAAGAUGACCACCCCUCCAUCCUCAUUAGAUUAUGAAAGCACAUUUUAUGAUUAUAAGCUGGUUCUGAAACUGUCAGAACAAAACGGUAACCCGAGCAGAGACAUUUGUGAAGACAACAUUGCUGACGAGACCACCAAAACUGGUGGCUCUGCCACGAUAGAAAAUACGAAAAACGAAAACACAGAUAUGUAUAUUCAAUCUCUAUAUCAGGAAUUAAUGCAAAAAGAUGAAUCUAAGCCACAAAUACAGUGCAUGGUUUGUGAUUUGCCAGUAUUUGAGGAUGCAGAGUAUUUCAGCAGGAUACUGGAUUUCAAAGGUGUGGUAUGUGAAAAUUGUAUCCAGAGGCAUGAUAGUGACAAUGAUACCGAAGACAGAGCAAGCAGGACACACUCUUCGGCUGAAGAUGUGGUGAGCUUAGCGUCAGCGAUGGAUCUUUAUUCAUUGAUAGAUGAGACGAAUCAUACUAUACAGAUACAACUUGAUACUACCAUACAGAGCGAUGAAGAUAGUACAGAGUAUGGAAUCUACGGGAACAUGGACUUUUUCCGUAACGACCACACAGGCAACAAAUUUUACGGGACGGAAAAGGGCAAGAAUGAUAAUUUUGGAAAAAUAAUUCGUCAAUUGAGAAGGAUUGAACGUACGGAUUUGAGGAUUCGGCAAUCUAUAGCAGAUUUGAGAAGCAGAAAUGAGCUUUCAAACGAAUAUACUUCGAUGUGGAGUUCGGUCAAGAACAGGUUUACCAAUGUGUAACGAGGCCAAAGAAGUAUUCAAUCACGUGCGGGACAUUGAGCGAACCUAAAUUAUGUAAUUGUAUUUUUAAUGGUGUUUAUAGGUGUUUUUUGUUCAAGAAUAAUCAGGAAAAAAAGU